AUGAAUAGCGCAAAAUAUAACUUUCUGCGACUUACAAUCUUAUUUGGUUUCAUCUCUGUAGAAACACUUACCUACUACCACAAUAAUUACAAUAGCAAUCAUCACCUGCAUAGAAUAAGGCACAAGCGAUGCUUGGAUGCAUCUAUCGGGAAUUGUUAUGAUUAUAUAAUCGUUGGUUCGGGAACGGCUGGUAGUAUUCUAGCACGAAAACUUUCAGAUGAUCCAAACAACAAAGUCUUAUUGAUUGAACAAGGCUAUUGGUCAUCAUUGAAUCCCAAUAUCCAAGAAGCAUCGAAAUGGUAUUCCUUGUUAUCCGACCCACUUGUGGAAUUAGGCUACGUAUCAGUUCCACAACCCGAACUGAAAAAUCGUACUAUACCACAACCUAGAGGGCAAGGUACAGGUGGAAGUAACAGUAUCAAUGCAAUGAUAUUCCUACUGGGUAAUCGUAAAGAUUUCGAUGAACGUUGGGGACAAAUCGAUGGAUGGUCAUGGGACGAUAUCGCGCCCUAUUGGAAUUAUAUCAAUGCAACAUUUCCACAUACACAAUUAGAUCGAAAUGAUUCGAUCAUGAGCGAAUUAUUACAAAGUGCCGAGGAAGUCGGUUAUAAGUACAAUCCAAAUCCAAAUGAUUUAGAUUCCGAACAAGGACAAGGAGGAGUAGCACCGAGAAUUUACAUGGCUAAAAAACUCUCGAAUAAUUACGCAGAACGAGUUAGUAGUUGGAAUGCUUAUGUACAACCAAUCCUACCACGCAGAAAUCUCGAUAUUCUGGUAUUUACACAAGUCCACAAAAUACUAUUCGAUAAAGAUUUAAAAGCUAUUGGUGUGCAAACAUACAACCUUGGGAAAAAAGACGAAACUUACUUUUACAGUAAAAAAGAGGUGAUACUAUCCGCUGGAGUGUUUGAUACACCAAAAUUAUUGCUAUUAAGCGGUAUUGGACCGUGUGAUGAGUUAGAAAAACAUGAUAUAAAGUGUUUAUCCAAUGUGCCGGGUGUUGGAAAGAAUUUUCAAGAGCAUACUAUUCUACAGAUGUGGUCAGCGCCAUUAGUUGAUCAAAAUACGACAUUACCAAAUCACGUUUUGGGUGGGGCAUGGGGCGCAGUUGCAAUUGAAGAAAACGGUGAAUAUUACCAUGUUUUAGGUGUAGGACAGGUGAAUAAUGUCAAAGCUAUUCAAAUCUUCAUUGAAACAUUUCAUUAUCAAUCUCGUGGAAGUGUUACUUUAUUAAAUAACAAUCCGCUCUCAAAGCCUGUCAUAGAUCCGAACUAUCUAUCGAAUUCCUAUGAUAUAGACAAAAUCUUAAAUUCUAUUAAAGUCGCCCAAUCAUUUUUAUCUACUAAAAUACUCAGUAAGCUGACCACAAAUAAAAGAAGAGCCAUCUCUCCGACAUAUGACAUAAACAAUGAUAAUAAAUUAAUCGAAUGGGCGAGAAAGAACAUAGAGACCGGUUUGCAUCCAUCGAGUACGUGUACAAUGGGCAAUGACUUCGAUGACGAUAACAUGAUCGUCGUCGACAAUCGACUUCGAGUGCGUAACACAGAAAACUUACGAAUUGCCGAUGCUUCGAUCAUGCCAACAUUGAUAUCUGGAAACCCGAACCAAAUCACAAUGAUCAUCGGGUUUAAAGCUGCUGAUAUGAUUUUAGAAGAUAACGAUUCAUACGGUUCUUAG